AUGAAUGCUUCUUCUUCUACAUAUCCGUCGUCAUCAAUUCGGAUUUCUGAAGCUCCCAAGUUACCAAUGCCCAAUCUUUCUCUUGAAGUCUCGCCGGAACUUCUCCCAAUUCAUGUGUUUACUCAUAUAACUCAGCAGACGGCGAUGGUUUGUUAUUUAACAUGUUUAUUAUGCAAUUUAGACUCUCAACGCAGUUCGCCGCCAACGAGAUACCUGCUUUAAUCAAAUGCGUCAUGAUGAACAAGAAUACUUGGAGAGGACAAGAAUAGUGGCGCCUUUGUCAAGAGUAGGAUACAUUCUUCGUUAAGGCAAUGUUGCUUGCAGUUUAAUCUUCCGAAAGAAGUUAUAUUCAUUUUGGAAAUUCAUGCGAAUGAGUUUUCCUACUUGAUUGCCAAGCAGGACACCUGGGGAAGGAUGCUGUGGAAAUUGUUGUAUGACAUUCAGGCCGAUACUAGCACACAGAUAAUGUUGGCGGAUCAAAUUUGUGACCGAGAAAAGUCAGAAUUCAAUAGAGCAAGUUUUUGCUGUACCAAGUUUACUCCAAAAUAUUUAGAUAACUAUUACUGGGCCUGUGGAAACCGUGGAUUCAGCAAGAAAGCGACUGUUUGUAAGUAAAAAACUGUGAUUGGAGUCUUCUAGGAAGUUUUACCGAUUCAACUUGGAAUGAAAUUGAGUGGUAUCAAGCCUGGUUUGAACCCCGACCUACGCGAGCAAGUUUCCGAAUGGAUAAUGGAGGGAAUCUUUGAAUUCCCCACGAUCUCUUUACACUUCAUACUGAAUCCUAAUAGAACGAAAGAGGAUGGAAUGGUUUGUAUAGAAGUUUAUAUUAUGGAUAUGUUUUAGUUCUCUUACAUUUUGUUCAGAGCCGCUCCCCAUGACGAGGAGCAGUUGGCCAACUGCGUCAAGAAAUUGUCAUCAAUGGUCCUGGCAGAGGUAAUCUUUUAGUCUCUUAUUCUCUGUUUUCAACUUUUAGCCAGAAGAAGCCCAAUUUUCCGAAGGGUUCGUUAUUCCAAAGAUAAACCGAGAGUGGUAUAUUGGACCAAAUGCACAGUUGAUUAAAGAUAUCUCGAAGAAAAAUGACGUAAUGAUAUCGUAUCCUCUUUCCGCCGCCCCAGGCGCCGAACACAACUACAUUGUUCACGGACGUGUAACUAAUAUUAUUCAGGCAUCAAAGGCAUUCAGGGUAAGAAGGCAAAAGCAAGUAUAUUAUAGCUUUAGGCUAUAUCUCCGAUCUCGCUGACUUUUGAUGUUGAAGAAGACGAACUGAAAAGAAUCCCGAAGUUCAGAAAACGAGAUAUCGACUAUUACGAUGACGCCCUUAAUGUUGUUGUAUCAUUUCGAAGGAGUCCUUAUGAAGGAGAUUUUGUAAGAUCCGACGAAACUUUGAGGCAUCGCAUCACAAUUUCAACCUCAUACGAAAACCGGGAAAUGGCAUUCGAAGCACGAAAGAAACUUCUGAAAGGAUAUGUGGAGAAUCUCGAGAACAGACCCAAAAUAAUGUUCGGAGAACACCUCAGAUCAAUCCUCUCAGCGUAUGCCCGAGGGAAUAGAACCUUUGUACCAGAUGCUAACAAUUAA